CGCGCGCACUGCUCGGCUCCAUGCGACAGCCGUUGGAUGCCAUGAGGGGUUGCGGAUAUCAAGUGACCUCACGGGUAUGUUACUAGCACCUUGCUUUGGUACCGUGGCAUCAGCUCGACUGGUGAGACAAUUGAUAUUUACACAGCCCCGCUGUAGUACGUGACUACUUGCAGGUGCCGCCUUUGUCCUCGGGUCAAACCACCAGCGGCCGCAUUCUCAGUGUAUCCAGCAAUACGUCAGCAGCCGCGGGGCUACUCCAGCACUCCUGCCUACACCCCUGCCCUCGGCCCUCUCCGUGUGCGCGACAACAAUCACCCAUUGAUUUCGAGGCUAUCGAGAUACCCGGCAUCCACCGCGACAAUGGCGACCAUGGCGCAGUACAAAGAGAUCCUGAAGGGAAAGUACCCCGCCAAGGAACAUGCGAAGCGCACCGUCGAGGCCCUCCGCGCCAAGCAGCCCGGUGCCACGGGCGUGCUCUACCUGGAAGGCCAGAAGACGAAGAUGAUCGAGGACAAUGACGGAGAGGAGCACUUUCGUCAACGGCGCUACUUUUACUACCUCACCGGCUGCGAUGUGCCCGACUGCAACUACGUCUACGACAUGGCCACCUCCCGCUCGACCCUAUUCAUCCCGCCCGUCGAAGCCGAAUCCGUCAUCUGGUCCGGCCUCCCCCUCUCGGCCGAGGAGGCGCUCGAGCGCUACGACGUCGACGAGGUGCGCUACACAAACGAGGUCAACGCCGUCCUGGCCAGCCUGGCCGCCGCCGCCGCCGCCGCCGCCCCGUCGGCCACGGUCCACGCGAUCCCGAGCCAGGUGUCGGACCAAGUCACGUUCCUGGGCUUCGGCGACAAGGACCUGUCGCUGCUCAAGGACGCCAUCGAGCGCGCGCGCGUGGUCAAGACCCCCUACGAGCUGGCCCUCAUCGCCCAGGCCAACGAGGUCUCGGGCGCCGCGCACCGCGCCGUCCUGGAGCGCGUCCGGACGGCGGCCAACGAGCGAGAGCUGCACGCCGUCUUCCUGUCCGAGUGCGUCGCGCGCGGCGGGCCCAACCAGGCCUACGGCUCCAUCGUGGCCGCGGGCUGCGCGGCCGCGACGCUGCACUACGUCAAGAACAACGAGCCGCUCGAGGGCAAGCUGAACCUGCUGCUAGAUGCGGGGUGCGAGUGGGACUGCUAUGCGUCUGAUAUUACGCGAACGUUCCCCAUCUCGGGCAAGUUCACCCCAGAGUCGCGCGCCAUCUACGACACGGUCCUCCGCAUGCAGCUCGAGUCGAUCGCGAUGCUCAAGGAGGGCGUGCUCUGGGAAGACGUGCACACGCACGCGCACCGCGUGGCCAUCGAGGGCCUGCUCUCGGCGGGCGUCCUCAGGGGCGGCACCGUCGACGAGAUCCUCAAGGCGCGAACCAGCACCGCAUUCCUCCCCCAUGGCCUGGGCCACUACCUCGGCAUGGACACGCACGACACGGGCGGCAACCCCAACUACGCGGACCCAGACCCCAUGUUCAAGUACCUCCGCGUCCGGGGCAGGCUGCCGGCCGGGAGCGUCAUCACCGUCGAGCCUGGUAUCUACUUUUGCAAGUUCAUCAUCGAGCCGUUCCUGAAGGACCCGGUCCACUCCAAGUAUAUCGACAGCGCCGUUCUGGACAGGUACUGGGACGUCGGUGGAGUCAGAAUCGAGGACAACCUCGUUAUCACCAAGGACGGAUCCGAAAACCUCACCACGGCGGUGAAGGAUGUAGCAGAAAUGGAGAAGAUCAUUUCGUCCAGCUAGGCAGGCAAUCCUGCCCGAUAACUGGGUAGGCUUGUACAUGAGUGUCUCAGCUUCCGAUUUAUAGACGGAACUUGUUCCUAGGCCGUGAAUUGUCGUCACCAAUGUAUCACUGAGACGAAUUACACCGCAGGGCCGCUCGUGGGGCUCUAUAACGUCAAAGAUGUGUGAGAAAACAGCCACCGCGUCCUUGACCUGCCAAACAUUCCCAUCCAACACGCGAAGCGCCCAUCAUGUGGCUGUUGCCGCCCAGAGCAUUUGCUACGGCGUAGGAUCGCGCAUGCUGGCCGUCAACUACACGGGCGUGCUGACGACGGCCAAGACAGCGGCGCGGCAGAUGACGCCCAUGGUGCGCAGCAACUUCGACGAGGUGCCCGGCCUGCGCGAGACGUGAGAGGCCGAGAACAUGGGCCGGCCGGCCGAGCCCGAGGAGUUCAAGGGCGCCGUGCUGUUCCUGAUGAGCGGCGCGAGCAGCUUCGUGGCGGGGUCGAAUAUUGUCAUGACGGGGGGCAUACUGCGUGGUAGAUGUUGGACUGGCUGGGAACUGGCUGGGAUGGGUUACAUGUCUGGUAGUUUGAUGAAUUCUUCCCGCCUUCCCCGGAUCCGUUAGACUGAUACUCUCCU